UGGGGGGCAUAGCAUCGUGUGUAAGUGCCCCCCAAUCCAGGAGAAGGGAGGUUAGGGAGAGUCCUCGGCAGGUGCCCCGAUGUCGUGGUGGGAGCUGCCCCUCACCUCCUCGCUCUCGGCUCCCCUCCUCCUCCUCCUCGCCGCGUGCCUCCUGCUGGGAUGGGCCCUGGGGAGGCCGCCUCGCAGUUCGUCCGGAGGGGAGACGCGGACGACGACGAGGAGGAGGAGGACGAGGGGAGGAGGAAGGAUGGAGGUCUGGGCAGGCGACGACUUGGUCGACGACACUGACCCGGCGAAGGAGAAAACCGAGGGCGAGUCGCGGCUCCAACACGCGCUUGAUAUAGGGCCCGCCGAGGAGGCUGACGAGGAGGAGGGUGACGAGGUGGUGGAGGGUGACGAGGUGGAGGAGGGUGACGAGGUGGGGGAGGCGGGCUCCAUCCCCUUCUCGCUGCCGCGGCACGGCGAGGCGGACAUGCUGCGUCGCUCGCGGGAAUUCUACGAGCUGAUGGACGCGCGGCGCUCGGUCCGCCACUUCAGCGCCGAGCCCGUGCCGCUGGCUGUGAUCCAGAACGUCGUCCGCACGGCCGGCUCAUCCCCGAGCGGGGCUCACACGGAGCCGUGGACCUUCGUGGUGGUGCGCGACGCCGCCACAAAGCGGCGCGUGCGUCUCGCCGUGGAGGCCGAGGAGGAGGUGAACUACCAGCGGCGCAUGGGCGCCCGCUGGGUGCGCGACGUCCACCGCCUCUCGCGCAGCCUGUCCUGGCAGAAGCCCUACCUGGAGACGGCCCCGUACCUCAUCGUGGUGUUCAAGCAGGUGUACGGCACGCGGCCCCACGACGGGAGCCGCGUGGUUCACUACUACAACGAGAUCAGCACAUCCAUUGCGUGCGGCAUCCUGCUGGCAGCCCUGCAGAACGUGGGGCUGGCGACGCUGACGUCCACGCCGCUGAACUGUGGCGCGCGACUCCGGGAGCUCCUCCGCCGCCCGGACAAUGAGAAGCUGCUGAUGCUGCUGCCCGUGGGUUUCCCCGCGCGCGGCGCCACCGUGCCCAACCUCGCGCGCAAGCCGCUCGACGACAUCAUGGUCCUCGUCUGAGAGCGAGCGAGCGAGCGAGCGGGAACUAGUUGGGGCUGUGAUGCGCGAACACUAAGGACUGCCACGCUCGCCCUCGUGUAUUCGACGUGGAGAGUAUUGCUCACCCGUGUGGGGACGCAGUGCUCUCGCACUCGAGUUAUCGACACACAGCUGACCAUUGCAAUGCGUGCCAUCUCGGGUACGCUGAAGUAGACGCCGACCCAGCGGCUCCCGGUGUUCACCCACCUCGCUCCGCCACAAAUCCCAUCCGGGAGUACCAAAAAAUUAUCGUCAACCCGCGCCUUCCGGCACGUUGGAAUAUAAACCCAGCGCCGCUGAUCCACCUAAAAUCACGCUAUCCAUUCUGGAUCACAGCAGCCUCGUUCCAAGCCACAAAUACAAAUGGAGUCGAGAGAUAGAAGGGAGUCUGGACUGCGCCCGAUGUCAAAAAUUAACAUCCCGUUUCAAUCUUCCACACCGCCAAUGGUCGACCAUUAACCGAAUCAGGACCGGGGCAUGUGGCCGAUGCGGCCACCCGAUGCACAAAUGGCGCAUCAAAGAUUCGGCGGUAUGCGAGUGCGGCCACGAAUCCCAAACCAUCGACCCACAUUAUAAAGACUCUCCUGCUGUUGCCUUCACUCAUUUAAAGCAGGAAUGGACGAGAGAUCCACUCUGCUUCCAAACAGACAACCGAGUGGAUAACAAAUCUAAAAUUACAUCUGUAAUCUGCCACUAUUAAUCCAUACGAAACAUGAAUAGAGCGAGUGAGCGACCUACGACGCUGGCGCAAACUCACGGAGAGAGGCAGACGGGGAGCACUAGACACGUUUCGGCAGCAGCGCGCGGCCAUUGCGAGUUGCUUUAUAAACCGGGAACCCGUUUAUGAAGGUACUCACCUGGCGAGCGAGCAACACUGCGGGGUCACGCGCACAACAGGACGGCCCCAACUUCGAUAAACCGAAAAGGGGAGGAAAAAAUCAGCGGUUCGGUGCCACGUCGGCAUCAGCACACGAGGGCUGAUGGCGACAUUCAAAGCGGCAUGAAUACUGAAUCAGAGGGCCCGUAUCUACAAAGUCGCAUCCUGGUCCUCUUAUCGCGACGACCACAAUUAUCGUUCCCGUGCACCCCGGACAUCGCCGCCGUUGGCGGCGUCAAGAAACCCCUUCUGCUGGUUUAACACGCACGCUGUCGCCUGAUGAUGCUAGCUGCAAUUACUAGCGAAUUGUAAAUGUCAUAGUGGUUUUACUCCCAAACACACGGGUGUGCUGUACUAGUAACGUGACAAACCUUGCUAAUUGGCUGUGUCGGCUGGUGGCAGAUUUAACGACAUUUAUAUUGAUCUAACCCAAAAAACCUGUAUUAUGGACCCUUCUGCCAGAUUGUCUGUUUCCUUUCGCAGUGUUCAACCACGAUAUUGCCGGGCCUCCUCCUGUCCGACCACCCCCACCUCCUCGCACUGCUCCACAUUGGAAUUCCUUCCCAUCAUCUCCUUUACCCCCGACUUCUUAUAACCCUCGCUCGAGUCGUCGCACGUGUAAAAUGUUGCCUGCCAUGCUAAAGAGUUCCUUCCAUCACAGGCUGUGGAAUUCCGUAUUCCCAAAUACCUCACCCUGUCUGCUGCCCCCAACGUAGCUGCACGUGGCUGUGUUUAUUACUUCACGUUGUACGAUACCAGCGAGUUGCCAUUUUACCCGUGGCGAUUAUGCAAACCCGGUCUCUGGGUUCAAUAAGGCUCAUUAGUUGUACGCACAUUGUACAAAUUGGCGGAUAAAACGCAUUCGUCGUAACAUUGUGGAGAUUCGCCCCUGGUAAUACAACGGUGUAUUAACCAAUUGCCAGGCGCCUGGUUAUUACAGCGUACAAAUACAAACAUGCCAGGCGUGGUCUGGUCAUUACAUCUGGUAAGUACAGCAGUGUAAUAACCGCGCGAAUACCAGGCGCCGUCUGCCUCACAGUGGACAUUAAAAGAUCCCCUGACAUUCGCAAGAGUAGUCCAUUGUGUACCCGUGUCACGGUCCAAAUUUGACAGGUUACACCGCAAAUUGCUCACUUGGGAAUACGCACGGCGACCUCACCCCCCCCCCCCCCCCCCCGUCGGGAACACUCCGGAAGGCUGCAUCUGUGAAACCCAUGGGGCGGCGCCUUCCUUCAUGAUCACCACCUAUGCGCCAUAAAGAACCAUAGCACCGAUGCUAAAAUGUGCGAAUUGCUUAUUAUCAUCAUCAUCUUUAUAAUAAAGGCGACAACCGUAAACGUGGUGCGAAUCGCGGGGGGGGGAGAGAGAGAGAGAGAGGACGGGCGAAGCCACGCGCGUUCCCGUUUGCGACUGCUCCCGCGAGUGGAUCCCCACCACCGCGGUGGGGAUCCACUCGCCUCCGCUGUCGGGCGACGGCCAUCGGGGGGAGGAGUGGGGAUCACGAGUCGAAGGUGGGUGGCGGGGACCGACGCGGAGCAGCGAGGAGAACGCGCCGGCAGGGCGUGCCGGGAAGCCGCUGGUGCGCUGCGGCGUGGUGACGGCUCGGCACAGGGCGAGCG